AUGACGUCGUGCGACUGUUGGCUUCAGUUGUGCUUCUUCUUCUGUAGUUUCGCUGUGAUUUCCGAUCGAUUUUGACAAGAAAAAGUUUUUAUUGCAGCAAUUUUUUUUCAUCCUUGCAACAUGCUCAUCGGGGAAGAGAGACACGGUAUGUGGGGAUUCCGUGUCAAUGGAUAAUUUUUUGAAGGAUAAGAGCUUGCCGUCGAAGUCUUCGACAACUGGAGUGGUGCUGCUUCCUCCGCGCGCGAAAUCGCUCACGCCCAGCCUGAGUCCGGCGAAAAGUCCAUUUGCUCGGUCGCCGAUGCCUCCCAACGUACCGAUGGCGCCACCUCCCAGCGAUUCUCGCGACGAUACUCUCAAGUCAGUUUGAGAAUUUUCAUUUCAGACGUUUGGUGGGUUAUUGUUCUUUUUGAAAAACUCGGAAUGGCUAGGAUUUAACGGAGACGUCUCUGGUUUGCUGGUCACCCUCAUUUCUGAAGUUUCUUUAAAGAAGUGGAUCAGAGAGAUGUUCGUUAAAAAGCUUGUAAAAAAACUGAUUAGGGAGUUUUGUAAUCCAUUCCGCGCCCGCUUGUUACGGUUUUUAUUUUCCUCUGAGCUACAAAUGAGGCUUCUCUUCGACGCGCCCGACUUUUAGGAAAAACAAUUCAACAUUUUUUAGGAACGUCGAAUCUCUAUCUUUCGACGACGGGAACGGCCACAAGCACCACAUGAAAGGCAUGAAAGUGCGAGUGAAGGAAACCGUUAGCCCCGCAAAAUAA